AUUGUUCAUUAAUUUUUGAAAUAUGUUUUCUAAACUAACGGAAGAUUGCUUUGAUGAAAUAAUUCAAUAUAUAAAUGACAAAAAUACACUUUAUUCUUUCUUACUUGUAAAUCGGUUAUUUUGCAGAAAAGUAACCCCAAAGUUGUGGAGUGAACCUUUCGCUUUCUUGGAACAUAGUUCUCCAGUUCUUAUUCGUACUUAUAUAUCAUGUUUUUCAGAUAAGGAAAGAGAUUCUUUGUACAACUAUGGAUUAAAAAUUAAAAUUAAAUAUAAACCUUCUUUAUUUUCUUAUCCUUCAUUUUUAAAUGAAUUUGAUUUUUGGCCUCUCAAAACCUCUACAGAAGAAUGGGUACGCUCUUUUGGACACAAGAGAAAUUUGAAAAUGAGUCCUUUCUUCAGAUAUUUCCUUAAAAUAUUAUUAAGAAAAUGUAAAAAUAUGCGAACUUUGAGAUGGUUUACCCAUGAAAAAUGUUAUUUAAUGCCCGAUAUUAGAAAUUUCUCUAGUGGAUCUCGUAAUGUUUUUAAAAAUAUUAGAGAACUUCAUUGCGGAAAUUAUUAUUUAAACCCUACAUUUUAUUAUCAGUUAUCAAAAAUUUGCAAAAAUAUAACUGUAUUGAAUGUAUUAC